CCCCUUUGAAAAGAAAUGCCAUAAAGUUUGUAACUUUUGCUUAUUGCUGACUUUCUGGCUUUUGGGUUUUCUCCCUGUGGUCGGUUGAACUAACAGUGGCAGUGUGAUAAUAAUCUCAAUUGUGUUGAAAAACUACUCUUCGCCGUUUUGUUUCAGCUCGUUUUCUCCUUUCUUUCUCUUUCUGUUCGGACAAUUUGUUGUGGCAGACAAGGGAGUAGCUUCGUUUUUCUAAGUUGCCAUAUGCUCAUGGCUUCUUUGAGUGAUAUAGGACUCGCCGCAGCAAUUAACAUCCUGAGUGCAUUUACUUUCUUGUUGGCUUUUGCUGUACUUCGAAUUCAGCCUAUAAACGAUAGGGUGUAUUUUCCAAAAUGGUAUUUGAAGGGUUUAAGAAGCAGUCCAUUGCAAGCAGGGUUAUUUGUGAGCAAGAUUGUCAAUUUGGACUUCAAGUCAUAUAUAAGGUUCCUGAGCUGGAUGCCUGCAGCAUUGCAAAUGCCAGAACCUGAACUAAUUGACCAUGCAGGCUUGGACUCUGCUGUUUACUUGAGGAUCUACUUACUUGGGCUGAAAAUAUUUGUACCCAUUGCAUUCCUAGCGUUUUCUGUUAUGGUUCCUGUCAACUGGACGAAUAGCACCUUGGAGCGGUCCAAUUUGACUUAUAGUCAGAUAGAUAAGCUUUCAAUUUCAAAUAUUCCAACCGGAUCAAAUAGAUUCUGGACUCAUUUGGUAAUGGCUUAUGCUUUUACCUUCUGGACAUGCUAUAUCUUGAAAAGGGAGUAUCAAAUAGUUGCAACAAUGAGAUUGCAUUUUCUAGCAUCAGAAAGACGUCGUCCAGACCAAUUCACAGUACUUGUCAGAAAUGUACCACCUGAUCCUGAUGAAUCAGUUAGUGAGCUAGUGGAACAUUUCUUUUUGGUCAACCAUCCAGAUCACUAUCUCACUCAUCAGGUUGUUCACAAUGCAAAGAAACUUUCUAGUCUAGUUUCUAAGAAGAAGAAAACGCAGAAUUGGCUUGACUACUAUGAACUUAAAUAUUCUAGAAAUCAAUCCACACGGCCAUUUAAAAAGACUGGUUGUCUCGGUCUUUGGGGGGAUCGAGUGGAUGCAAUUGAUUUUUAUACUGAUGAAAUUAACAGAUUAUCAAAAGAAAUAGAGUUGGAGAAAGAUAGGGUGAUAAAGAAUCCUAAAUAUAUAAUGCCAGCGGCUUUUGUUUCCUUCCGAACUCGUUGGGGUGCAGCUGUUUGUGCACAAACUCAACAGUCCAGAAAUCCAACCGUAUGGUUGACAGAGUGGGCUCCAGAACCUCGUGAUGUGUAUUGGGACAACAUGGCAAUACCAUAUGUUUCACUCACAAUAAGGAGGCUUAUAGUUGCUGUAGCUUUCUUCUUUCUGACAUUCUUUUUCAUGAUCCCCAUUGCUUUUGUUCAGUCAUUAGCUAACAUUGAAGGGAUUGAAAAAGCAGUACCUUUUCUUAAACCCUUUAUUGAAAUCAAAGUCAUAAAAGCGUUCAUACAAGGUUUCCUUCCCGGUAUUGCUUUGAAGAUAUUUCUCAUAUUUCUGCCAUCAAUAUUGAUGAUAAUGUCCAAGUUCGAAGGUUUUAUUAGCACUUCUUCUCUGGAAAGGAGAGCAGCCACUAGAUAUUACAUCUUCCAGUUCAUUAAUGUGUUUCUUGGGAGCAUAAUUACUGGGACUGCAUUCCAACAGCUAGAUAAAUUUCUUCACCAGUCAGCAAAUGAAAUCCCAAUAACAAUUGGUGUCUCAAUUCCAAUGAAGGCAACAUUCUUUAUAACUUACAUAAUGGUAGAUGGAUGGGCUGGAUGUGCUGGUGAGAUUUUAAGGUUGAAGCCAUUGAUAUUUUAUCACCUGAAAAAUUUCUUCUUAGUGAAGACUGAAAAGGAUCGUGAAGAAGCAAUGGAUCCCGGGACCUUUGGUUUCAAUACAGGAGAACCUCAAAUACAACUUUAUUUCUUACUUGGCCUUGUAUAUGCUGUGGUCACACCAUUUCUUCUUCCAUACAUCAUAGUGUUCUUUGGCUUGGCAUAUGUCGUAUACCGUCAUCAGAUAAUAAAUGUCUACAACCAAGAGUAUGAGAGUGCUGCAGCAUUCUGGCCUGAUAUCCAUGGACGUAUCAUAUUUGCAUUAGUGAUCUCACAGCUUCUGUUAAUGGGAUUAUUGAGUACAAAAGAAGCUGCUAACUCAACUCCAUUACUCAUCACUCUCCCAGUUUUGACAAUAGCAUUCCAUUUGUAUUGCAAGGGACGAUAUGAACCUGCUUUCAUUAAACAUCCAUUACAGGAGGCAAUGAUGAAGGACACAUUGGAGCGUGCAAGAGAGCCAAACUUCAAUUUGAAAGAGUUCCUUCAGAAUGCGUAUAUCCAUCCUGUAUUUAAAGGUGAUGAUGACAGUGACAGUGAAGUAAUGAGUGAAAAGUGGGAAGAACAAGAACCAGUAGUUGUACAAACAAAACGCCAGUCCCGGAGGAACACACCAUUGCCAAGCAAACACAGCGGUUCAUUGUCAUCUUGAGUGGCACUUCUCAUAAGCAUUAACUGCUGAUAUUGGAUUGAUGUGAUGAAAAAUCACGUUUAAUGCACAGAAUAAAACUAGCAUAGGAUAGUGUUAAAUUAACUAUUGGUAGCAUUGCUAUAUAAUACCAUAACUCUGCUACCCUUUCCCGUAUAUAAUUCAAAGGCAGGUGAAUUUUCAAUGAAGUAUAUAACAGGAAUUUUGACUCUGAUUUGUUGUGACAAAUUUACUAGAACUUAUAUGAAUCAAUUGAUUAAUGUUAUUUAACA